UAGUAGCAUUAGCCAUUAGCUAUCGCGGCUUACGCCAGCUGAUCUGGACCUUUUCUCCUACAUUUCUUUGUUUUUGUCACUGUCGUGCUUUUGUGAGAAGGCGGUGAGAUGGUUUUGUUAAAUAGCAAUAGCAAUGAGGAACAGGACUUAAUCCUAGAUGAGCCUCGCUGCUCCUCUCUACCCAGCUCUCCUGCAAAGCGUGUUUCUCCAGCCAAAAAGAAGCAGUUUUUUAUUAACCAGGCCAUUCGUAACUCUGACCUCACUCCCAGAGCCAAGGGCAAGAAGAGUCUGAGACGACAGGAAAACACUCGUUUUCUGGACAAUCUUUUGGUACGGGACGAGUGCUCUAAAGAGGAUGGUGAAGGACAUGAAACAGCCUUGCCCACCAUCUUCACUGAAGCCUGCACCAAUGGAAACUAUGUGGAGUACUGGAGUGAUUUUAUGAAUCGUUCUGGGGAGGAGCAAGAGCGACUAUUGGUUCUGCUGGAGGAGGAGGCCCAGAGGACCCACUCCAACAAGGGCCAAAAAGACCAAAGAGAAGUAAAUCCUGCCUUCAGUGCUCAGGAAUGUUUUCAGAGAAUUGAUCGGCGGCUACGUGCAACGCUGAGACGCAGACAGAUUCCCAUGGGAGUGUUGGAGGGUCUGGAGUCCAAUCUGCUGGGAUUCUUCAUGGCACAUCCACACUCAAUUUACAUUACCAAACUCAGCAACAGUUAUGAGCGACUGCUGCUUCAUGCUAUCUGUCAGUACAUGGAUCUGACCUCUGCUAGCUCUGACUGUAAUGGUGCUCGACAGACUGAGGUGGUCAACAAACAGGAAGAGUUCCUCCCUCCGCAGCCUCUGCUCUCUGCCUACCUGGAGCAGUUGAGCUGAACUGCUAUGAAUCCUGGCUACAACCAGUACCAUUGAUGCUCGUCCAGCCAGAACUUGAAAAUAAAGCUUGACCUUGACCUGGCCAGUAUGAACUGUGCACAUGGCAUUAUGUCAUUGGACCUGGCCUGCAGGAGAGACUGUGCUAACUAGAUUAUAGUGCUCAGUGUCACUAUCUCUUUCAUUUAGCUUUUUAAAUGCAUUUUGGAGCACGUAUUAGUAGAUGUUGUCACUACAGCUGUCUUUAUAAAUGAUUCUUUUUUCCAUGUUGCAGACAGAAUGUUUACAUUUACUGUCAUGGCAUCCUUGUAUACAAAUAGAAACAUAAUUGUAUGACCUCAAGAAGAGGCAGAAAAUGAUUUGAUAAUUAUUGUUUUUGAUGUUCAUCUUAACUUGAAUUGAAGAAUCUAGAAAUUCAUGUUCAUCUCUGAUGUUAUACAAGCCACAUAUAGUCACUUUC